AUGUCGGAAGGACCUGUGGUACAGCCUGAAAUUAUUCUGGGUACACGUUUCGUCCAACGAGGCGACAAGUGGGUGCAGCAGUGCUUGGUUCAGUGGAAUGGCCCCACCCUAAAUUCGUGGGAAGAUAGAGAUCAGUUGUUGAACUUGUAUCUUGACUUGGACCUUGAGGACAAGGUCCUGGUUAAUGGGGGGAGUGAUGUAAUGAACGGAGCGGACAGCCCAAUACAAGCUUUGUUGCUGGCUGCACUGCCACCAAAUUCAUUCUCCUUGAUUUAUUUGUUGCUUUUCAGCCUCUGCAACACAAGAGCUACGAGUAAGCAAACACUUCUUCUCCAUGCCGAUGGAAAGAAACACAGGGCAAAAGCUCGGGCAUUCCAUGCUGCAAAGCAACAACCAACUCAGAUGGGCGCAUCUUCUCCGGAUGCAAAGCUUCCAGUGGAGCAAGCUUCCAAUGAUAAGGUCCAACUCAACAAUAAUGGACAGCAGACAAAAUUGCAAGAUCCAUCUGAACACAAUAACUUGAAAUCGGGGAAUGAAAUCUCUCAAUCAAAUAAAAAGAGGAAAUCUGAUGUGGCGGAGGAUGACCCUAACAGGAAAAAGGGCAGGGAUGACAAUUCAGGUGAGUUGGGAAAUGGGGAAGUAGUUCAGGCUGAAGGAGCAGAGGCUGGGAGAAAAGAAGAUCGUUUGAAGAAAGAAACGAUGGUUAAUGACAAGAAGAACAAAAAGUGGAAGAAGUUUAUCAAAUCAGCGUUGAAAUCUCAUCCUGACGGAAAAUUGAAGAUGAAGAAGUUGAGAAAACAUGUCUUGAAAGCCUUGCAGGAAUCUGGCGUUGAAGUUGAUGAAACUGAACUUAGUGAGGCACUUGAGCAUAAGAUCAAUUCGAGUUCCAGAUUUGCAGUUGAGAAGAAGUAUGUGCGGUUGGUGGCCAAGGAUGGUGACUAGUUGCAACCUUAUAAGCUGGAAUCCCUGGCUUUUAUUUGGUGAUAUUUUGCUAUUGUUUAGACGUUAAUUGAUAUCGUUUAGAAUUGAAAGGAGGCGGGUCCAUUUUUGCGUCUAAACCUACUGAGGAAGUGAAGGAGGACGAGGUUGUUUU